GUUGGUGAUCACCCGUGCCGUUGAUCUUCUUCUUUCUCUCUAUCUGUCCCCAGAAUGCCGCAACAGGGGAUACAGUCGGGCGACUGGCCUGAGAAUGUCGCCCAUGAACAUCCCAGCGUCGAUCAUGGCCAUCCGCACGGACACGGACACACCGUGCGCGAACGGGGGUUGAAUACGGGCGUUCGAGUGAUGGAUGACGGCCGCCUCGACAUCAAAUUCCGAUCGCAUAAGCCCUGGCUAGGCAAACUCCUCCAUCACAUCGAAAGUCGCCGACCGCAAGAACCGUCGCGCAAAGCCUCCGUGCUCUCCACCACCGACGCGCCCUUCCCUCUGCGUCUGAACAUCGUCAUCCAAGUCGUCGGAUCGCGCGGAGACGUGCAACCCUUCCUGGCGCUGGGUAAACGUCUCCGAUCGCACGGCCACCGCGUGCGACUCGCCACGCAUCUCGCCUUCCGCGACGACGUCCUCGCGCAGGGGCUCGAAUUCUUCGAUAUUGGCGGCGACCCGGCCGAGUUGAUGGCGUUCAUGGUUAAGAACCCCGGCCUGAUGCCCGAUAUGAGCACCAUCCGCAGCGGAGCCAUCCGGAAGCGUCGUCGCGAGAUGAAAGCCAUCUUCUCGGGGUGUUGGCGCUCGUGCUUCGAGACGGGGGAUGGAACGGGUCUACAUCAUAUCCCGGACGAUCCGUGGAGUGGGACCGUGGACGCCGAACAUCGUCCGUUCGUCGCGGAUGCGAUUAUCGCAAAUCCGCCCAGUUUCGUGCAUCUUAGCUGCGCGGAGAAGUUGGGGGUUCCAGUGAAUCUGAUGUUCACGAUGCCGUGGAGUGCGACGCAGGCGUUUCCGCAUCCAUUGGCGAACGUGCGCAGUCAGUCGACGAAGCCCUCGGCGGCGAAUUUUGCGUCGUAUGCUAUCGUCGAGGUCAUGAUGUGGGAAGGUUUGGGGGAUUUGAUUAAUCGGUUUCGGAAGAGGGAGUUGGGGUUGGAUCCGUUGGAUGCGAUACGGGCGCCGAGUAUUGCUUCGAGAUUGCGGAUUCCGUAUACCUAUCUUUGGUCUCCGUCUCUCCUACCCAAACCCUCCGACUGGCCCGACACCAUCGACGUCUGCGGUUUCAGCACUCUGCCUCACGAAUCGAACUACCAGCCCCCGGACGACCUGGCCAAAUUCCUCGAAUCCGGCCCUCCACCCAUUUACAUUGGCUUCGGCUCCAUCGUCGUCGACAACCCCGGAAAGCUAACACAGAUUGUAUUCGACGCGGUGCGCCAAACGGGCCAACGCGCUCUCAUUUCCAAAGGCUGGGGCAACAUUGGCGGCGACAAUCCCCCAGACAACGUGCUUCUCCUCGGAAAAUGUCCCCACGACUGGCUCUUCAAGCACGUUGCAGCGGUCGUGCAUCACGGCGGCGCAGGCACCACCGCCGCAGGCCUCCUACUCGGCCGACCAACCGUCAUCGUGCCUUUCUUCGGCGACCAACCGUUCUGGGGCUCGAUCGUGUCGCGAGCCGGUGCCGGUCCACCGCCCGUGCCUUAUAAGCAGCUGACAGCGGACAAGCUGGCCGAGGCGAUUCAGAUCGCCUUGAAGCCCAAGACGCUCGAAAAGGCGGAGACGAUCGGCAAGGACAUGCGUCAGGAAGACGGGGUGCGGGACGCGGUGGCCAGCUUCCAUAACCAUCUGGACGUGGAGAGUCUGCGGUGCUCGAUCUGUCCGAACCGACCGGCUGUGUGGUUCAUUCGACAGUCGAGGAUCAGAUUGAGUCCGUUUGCUGCGGCCGUGUUGGUUGAGACGGGGCUGGUGAAAACGAGCGACGUAGUUUUAUAUCGAUCCCAAGAAUACGACACGAAUCGCGACCCCCGGGGUCCGUUAACCGCAGGCGCUGAGGUCCUCUACGGCAUCGUCACCGACUUGAUCGCGGGCGUGGCCACCCUGCCAGCUAACGUGGUCGACAUGUUUUCCCACGAACCGCACGAGGAAUUCCCGCCGACCUGCAAGACGGUGGGAAAGUCAUCUCGAAAGAGCACGCAGAGCGAAAGACAGUCUCGGACUCGCUCGAGAAACUCACGGGCUCGAUCGCGAUCGGAGCCUAAUACGCAAUCUCAACCGGAAUCUAAUAUCCAAUUGCACUCGAAAUCGCAUUCCAAGUCCCCUUCAGCAUCUAAUUCAGCCGAUUCGACAGAAUACAACACACCCGAAGAAUCUAUUAACUCGAACGAAGGAACCACGCGAACUAGUCAAUCGACACCAGAACCGGAACCGGACCCAGCGUCCGCGCAUCGCAACAUCAAUACCACCACCCAACCUACUACCUCCCAACAACCCAACAAUACCAACCAAACUAACGCCCCAAAACCUCCCGCCUCAAAUCCAAACCCAGACUCAGACUCCGACACAGACUCAAUAUCCACAACCUCAACCUCCUCGCAAACAACCCUCAGCGCAGAACUCGACCUCGAACAAACCCUGACGCGCCAACAAACCGCCAUAGAAAAGCGUUCCUCAUUGCACGAAAUGCUCCUCGAAACAAGCUACCACAUGGCCAAAGUGGCCAAACACGCUCUCGACUUUGCCAUUCUCCUUCCUCACGACCUCACCCUGUCUCUGUCGAAGGGAUUUCAUAAUGCCCCGAAACUUUAUCAUGAUCGGACGGUGAAGGAGACGCCUCGUGUUUUGGGCGUGAAGAGUGGGUUCAGGGCUGCGGGGACGGAAUUCACCGAAGGUCUCUACAACGGGAUAACAGGACUCGUGACGCAGCCGAUCCACGGUGCCAGAAAAACCGGCCCUCGAGGAUUCAUCAAAGGGAUCGGAAAGGGAAUGGGCGGGGUAGUGUUCAAGCCUGUUGCUGGAGUAUGGGGCCUAGCGGGCUACCCCCUCGACGGAAUGCACAAAAGCCUCCGAAAGUCCCUCUCGAAAUCCAAAACAAAAGACAUCCUCAAGUCCCGGAUCGCGCAGGGCAUGGAAGAGAUGUGUCUUGCGUCGACGGAGGAGCGGGCGAUGGUGAUACGGCGGUGGGAGGAGUUGACGAGGGCCGAGGAGAAGGAGAAGGAGAAGGAGAAUAGGAGGGGUGGUGAGGGUAUGAAUGCGGAUGGGGAUGCGAAUGCGAAAGAGGAGAAUGAUAGGCCGGAUGUGCAGGAUGGACUGAGGGCGCUGUAAGAUUUAAUAUCAUACACUGUAGAGGAGAGGGGGUUAUAGAGUGGAUUUGAGAUGGCCAUAUAAAUGGACUGGAUAAAGGGAGAGGAAUGUACUAUAUUUAGAUUUAUGCGUGGAUAAUCAGAUGACAUAAACAUUAUGCACGACGCAUAACUUAUGAAU